UUCUUUCUUUGCCCUAGGCGACAAUGGAGCAGCUGGAAGGUGGAGCGAUGGUGGAUGACGGCCUCGCGCAGCUUGUUGAGCAGCUUAACCGGCAUUGCCUUGCCCCCGACGGAUCUUAUGUCGCCAAAGCUGCGUACUACGAUCUCGUCCAGGCGCGUGAGGAGAUGGGGCGGGAGAGGCUUCGUUUCCUAGAAGUGAUGGCGGCUUACAGCGAAGCAGUGACACUUGUGGAAGAAUUCCAGCAGGCUAUCUCAGUGGCAAAUGCAGGUGGAAUCAGGGAUGUUCAGGCAUUGUUCUUGCAGCUCGGACUACGCUCUACUCCACAGGUGUAUGAAGCCCUGGAGGAGCGUCUGGCUGUGGCCGAAGCUUGCCAGCGCUUGCGGCUCCCUUCCGUAACGAAAGAUGGCGACAUACUAGACGAGGAAGCGGAGAAGUGCAGCAUUGUGUCGAAAAGCUCGCUGGACAGCAGCACCACCAGCAUCAGCAUGAGCUCCAGCAACACCAGCACUCCCAAUCCCAGCCACGAUGUUAAUGAAGUUGGAGUUUCCGGUGUUGUCAACCGCUUCCUAGGAAUAACUCCUGCGUGGCUUCGUCAGACACAUCUAUCAAAGGCCCCUUUUGCUGAGGACAGCACAGGCUACCUUAUGCUGCUGAUUCCGGAAAUUGAAUCACGGCUAAAAGCCAAGUGUGAGAAAAUCAGCUCUUCCUUUCAAGAGAAUGAUGGCUUUGGUUCUCAUGGUACAAAGAGCUAUAGACUUGCUGAAAGGGUUAAAGCAGCUGUAGAAUCCAACGAGAGCGAAGAGGCGGCUUUACUUAGCGAUCUCUACUCUGCGGACCGAAAGUUUUCAGAAUACUACAAUGUUCUUGAGCAGAUAUUGGGAGUACUGAUAAAGCUGGUCAAGGACUAUAAGCUGCAGCACCAGCAUGAAUAUGACGAGAUGAGAAAAGCUUGGCUGUGUAAGCGUUGCGAGACAAUGAAUGCGAAGCUGCGUGUGCUGGAACACCUUGUUCUCAGAGACACGUAUACGGAAGAAUCAAUCGCAGCGUUGCACAAGAUCAGGAAUUAUUUGCUGGAAGCAGACGACGAAGCCACUGCCGGAUAUAAUAGAGCCGUGACGAGGUUGCGCGAGUACCAAGGCGUGGAUCAGUACUUUGAUGACAUUGCCAGGCGGUAUCACGACGUUGUUAAGAAACUGGAGGGAAUUCAGUGGACAAUAAGACAGGUGGAGAUGGACCUCAAUAAUGGACACGAGCAUUAGUUUGGCUGGAACUGGGGAACAGCUCAGUAGAUACUUUCGAGGCUCGAAAAGGCAGGCACAGGGAAUGGUGAAAGUGGUGGUGGUGCCAUGCGUGGAACUCGCUGGUGUUAGUUUGGUUUCUAGUGGCAGGGAAGACGAGCAAGCUACAGCAACGGAAACAGACUUGUUGGUUGGAUGUAUCCACCGUUUUGCGCUCUGCUAGAUUCAAUGGACUUGGUCAGUGCGGCA